AUGGAAAGAUCAAGCAUUUAAAAUAGAAAUUCCAAACGGACAAUCAUUGUAUGUGGAAAACCAGGGGUAGGCAAAUCUUCUCUUGGUAAUCACAUCUUAACUGGCAACCCAAAAUCUGAUUUAUUUAAGCAAGAAGAUAAUCCAGAAGACUUUGGAGUUACUAAAGUCAUACACAGAGAAACAAGAAUGGUACAACAUACAGGGUAUGAAAUUCAAUACGUAGAUGUUCCUGGAAGUGGUGAUCCAACCAUAGACCUGAAAGAGUGUUUGAAUUAGCUAACUUUACAAUUAAAAGAUGUCAUUUUCAACGCUGCACUGCUUCUAGUAUCAGCUACUGAUAACCGGAAGACUGCAAGUGAAGCUUUUGCUUGUAAAUUUUAUCAACAUUUCUUUGAAGUCAGAGGAUCUACCGAAAAGGAAAAGAAAGACUCGCUUUGGUUAAUUAUUACUCGAUGUCAAUAAGUAUAAUUAGGAGAUGAAUGGGUACCUAAAAAACUUGCAGCUCUAAAAUCUAUGGGCCUUGAGAUCAUGCCUGAUCAUGUAAUACUUUAUAAACAAGAUGCAGCUUUCUCUGAUUUGGAUCCACUCUUUAAGUUUUUAUAAAACACUUCUAGCAAUAAUGGUCUUGGAUUAAGUGAUAACCAAGAAUAAAAUUAGGAACACUUUUUUUAAGAUAUGGGAAAACUUAUUGAAAGGGAAUAAGCGCUUAAAAAAGAAAUCUUGGAGCUAAAGCAAUAAUUGGAAUGCCUAUAAUAAUGGGAUAAGCUACCAUUUAUUUUAAAAAUUUUGAGUUCUUUUGGUGUUUACUAGAAUAAAAAAUAGGAUUAGGAAGAAAGCAGUUCAUCGUGCACUUUAAUAUGA